AUGGCUAGUCCAAAUAUUGAAGAGUUAUCAAUACACGAUGAAAACGAGGAGGAAGGAUUCUGUUUUGAAGUGAAUGAGGAAGGGGACGAGACAUCGAAUCUCCGAUGGUGCUUAGUGGGAAGGUUUCUAUCUGAUAGACCUUUUCAUGUUACAAUCAUGAAGAAACGUGUUGCUGAUGUGUGGAGGCCGGUUAGAGGAGUCAUAAUAAAGAAAGCGACGAAAAGUCUAUUCCUAUUCCACUUUGAUCAUAAAUUGGAUAUGGAAUCGGUGUUGAAUGGAGGACCGUGGAAUUUCGACAACAAUCUAUUGAUUAUUGAGAUGGUGCAAUUAGGAGUCCAGAUCGAAAACAUACCGCUAAAUCACGUCGAGUUCUGGGUCCAAGUCCAUAACUUGCCUGCAGGUUUGAUGCUGGAGAGAGUGGGAAUCACUAUGGCCAACUUUAUAGGAUCCUUUGUGGAAUAUGAUAAGAAUAACAAUUCGAGCUUCUGGAGACAACACAUGAGAUUACGGGUGAAGAUCGAUGUUUGGAAACCAUUAAAGAAGCAAACAAGAGUAAAAAAUAAAGGAGGAGAAUGGUGUACUGUUUCAUUCAAAUAUGAAAGACUUGGAAUUUUUUGCUUUGUUUGUGGAAUCCUAGGGCAUACAGAACAAAGAUGUGAAGUUCGUUUUGCUAUGACAAAAGACAACGGGGUUAGGGAGUGGUCUAAUGAACUUCGAGCAGAGAACCGGAGGAUUAAUGGAGGCCAAUCUUCAAAAUGGCUAAAGAGUGAGAAGGAAGGAGGAGUCCAUGUUUCUGAGUCUGGAAGUUCCAAAGCGCGUGAGGAGUACGAACCUGGUUUGGAGAGUGAAGCUGAAACCAAUCAUGAGGCGGGCCCACAAGUAUUAAGUUCCCAAGAUCCUCAUUCAAAUAAAAAUCAAAUUAUGUUGAAGGCAAAUUUUAAUAACACGGAUCGUGUUUUGACUAUGUAUGGAAACAACAAUAACUCACCUUUAAUAGUUGUCACAAAAGUUAUUGACCAAGCCCAGACAAAAUCACUGACACAAUCAUUAGCCAAAAAUAACCUUGCCCCCCCACUUAUCAAUGUUGUCCCCCCACUUAUCAAUGCUGUCCCUCAUUGGCUGCCAUAA